GCUGGCCGAGACCCUGGAGAAGCCGAGCGCAACGUGAACUCAGCCUACCCCGUCCUGCAUGAGCGCUGCCUGCCUCUGUACGCCGCCUUCCUCCGCCACAAGCAGAGUCACGGCACCGACGAGGAGAAGUCGCUGUACGCGGGCAUGGACGUCGUGGGGCUGGUGGAGCGGCUGCUUCGCAAGCGGCCCGCCACCUUCUUCGCGCGCGGCGACCAGUAUCUGCUGCGCGACGGGACCCGCGGCGCCGGCGGCUUCGAGCGCAUCGGGACGCCGCAGGAGGCGCCGCCGCUCUGCCUGCGCGACUACCUCAGCUACGACGAGAUGAAGCUGUCGGCGCUGCUGGCGGUGUCGUCUCGCUCCUUCUUCGUCAACGACGGCAGCCGCCACAACAAGGGCGUGCCGGGGGCGCCGGGGACCUUCGCGGAGAGCGGCGUGAUCGUGGGCAUGGUGGGCGCCAGGCUCAAGAGGAAGGGCGUCAUGGAGUGGCAGGACUGCCUCGUCACGCCCGAGCAGAACACGGAGGCCAAAGGCAACGGCGGGCGGGCGGCGCCGUCGCAGCUGCAGGCUCUGUGGGCGCGCAUGUGGGGGCAGGCGCUACCGACGUGGAAGGACGCGGGCGCGCAAGCCGAGGGCUUCUUCCGCGUCAGCAAGAACAUGUUCCUGAACGUGGGCGUGUACAAGGCGCGGAUGCGUCUGACGGCGGAGGUGCUCCUUCAAGGCCUACGUGCACGUGGUGGGCCUCGGGCUGGGCGUGUGGCGCGCCUCUAAGGACCAGGACGCCAUGUUCGUGGACGCGUGGGGGGAGGCGCUGCAGGCGGCGCCGAGCACGGCGCGGGUGGCGCACGUGGACUUCAGCUGGAUCGGCGCCGAUUCGUGCCUGGGCGUGCGCGACGGCCAGCAGUUCCCGGGCACGGACGUCACCAUCCACUUCUCGCGCCGCGCCUUGCACGACCCCGUGCCGGCGGGCACGACCCUGGUGGUGAGCUACGCGUGGGACGGCAACUCGCUGCCCGGCAACGAGUUCUGGGUCGGCAAGCUGAGCAGCACGGGCGACGGCGCCGCCGCCUGCUCCUCGCAGGUGGCCGAGCUCCACAACGCGCACAUCAACGCCAACGUCAGCGGCGCCAACCUGCACGUGGCGGGGCCCUGGGGCGUCGCGCACGUGGCGGAGUACGCGCGGCAGGCCCUCGGCCGCACCGCCAAGAAAGCCAGGCGCUAGAGGGCCCCGGAGGGCGGCCGAGGUCUCGGACCAUUUUCGUUUGAGAGAUUCAGUUCAGCUUCCAUCUAUAUCGAUAUCUCCACGUCAGUGCAGUGCAAUCAUGAGAUAGAGUGCACUUACGUGAACAAAUCUUUGGACGCGCACACCUUCAUGUGACCUUUUACGGAGUUUUUAUAGAGUGUUAGACACAACUUUGUUACUCUUGUAAUAAUCAUAAAUAAACUUGUUACUCUUGCUU